AGUACGUGGAAAGCAAGGGAAAGGAGAUUAGGUUUUGCAGAAUAGAAAAUAGAAUAGUUGAAGGUAAGAUACAUUGCAUGUGUGAGAGUGGCGUCAGUUAAUGUAUCUUGCAGAAAUUCUCAAACACGACAGCCCCCUUUUGUUCUCUCUCUCUCUCUCUCUCUCUUCUUCAUCUUUCGUAUAAGUUCAUCAGUUUCUGUGUUUUCUUAUUCAAGCCAUAUCUUGUGCAAAUUCUCUGAAAACUUUCUAUUCCAUAACCCUUUUUUUCCAUUUUUCUCUUCCUUUUUUGCCCUACUCGUUUAGGGUUAUAGAGAGUUUCUCUUCUGCAAACCACCCAGAACCCUCUUUUUCUUGUAAAUGCAUUCAAGCCUUUUCGGGUUAUUGUAUCUCGUCUUCUUCCUCGUGUUCUCCUUUUUGGUUGCAAGUUUUUCUCUCUGUGGAGGCUUUUUCUUUCAAAGUGUUCAGUCAUGCCUGCUCUCGUUAACUACAGUGGAGAUGAUGAAUUGCGUUCCGGAGGAUGUUUGUUCUCUAUUGGUUCUUAUGUGGAUGCGUACUGCCCUCCCCGUAAAAGGGCUCGCAUCAGUGCUCAAUUUGGGUUCGGUGAAAGUGAGUUUGAGUGGGAAAAUCAACCUUCACUUGAUGUUCUUCCCGAUGAAUGCCUUUUUGAGAUCUUUAGACGCCUUCCUGGUGGCAAAGAAAGGAGUUCAGCUGCUUGUGUGUCCAAUCGGUGGCUUAUGUUAUUGAGCAGAAUCCGCAAGGCUGAAAUUUGUCAGAGCAAAAGCACUGAUUUGGUCUUGCAAGACAAGGAGGGAGCUGCUUCAGUUUCUGAUGAUGUUGAAAUGAUCCCUUCUAAUGAAGAGAAUGAUGGGUUUCUUACUAGAUGCUUGGAGGGAAAGAAAGCUACAGAUAUGAGACUUGCUGCAAUUGCUGUUGGAGCAAGUGGCCAUGGGGGGCUUGGAAAGCUUUCGAUCCGGGGAAGCAACUACAUUCGUGGUGUCACCAACUUUGGUUUAUCAGCAAUAGCCCGUGGAUGCCCGUCUCUCAGAUCUCUUUCCUUGUGGAAUGUUCCAUCUGUUGGGGAUGAAGGUCUUUUAGAGAUAGCGAAAGAAUGCCAAUUGUUGGAAAAGCUGGAACUUUGCCAAUGCCCUUCAAUUACCAACAAGGGUUUGAUUGCAAUUGCACAGAGCUGCCCUAAUUUGACUACUCUGAUCCUUGAAUCUUGUUCAAAGAUUGGCAAUGAAGGUCUGCAAGCUAUUGGGAAGUUUUGCUCCAAUCUACAAAGCAUCUCUAUCAAGGACUGUCCUCUGGUCAGGGAUCAAGGAAUAUCUAGCAUGUUGUCUUCAACUUCUUCUGUCCUCACGAGAGUCAAGCUUCAGGCCUUGAAAAUCACAGAUUUUUCUCUGGCUGUCAUUGGGCACUAUGGCAAGGCUGUUACUAAUCUUGUCCUCGGUGGUCUGCAACAUGUGAGUGAGAAGGGCUUUUGGGUAAUGGGUAAUGCUCAAGGUUUGCAGAAGUUGGUUUCUUUGACUAUUGCUUCCUGUAGGGGCAUAACAGAUGUGAGUCUUGAAGCCAUUGGAAAGGGCUGUUCAAACCUGAAGCAGAUGUGCCUCCGUAGGUGCUUUUUUGUCUCCGACAAUGGAUUGGUAGCUUUUGCUAAGGCUGCAGGAUCUCUUGAGAACCUACAAUUGGAGGAGUGUAACAGGGUUAGCCAAUCAGGUGUAGCUGGUAUCCUAUCCAACUGUGCAAUGAAGUUGAAGUCACUUACGCUAGUGAAGUGCAUGGGAAUUAAGGAAAUGGCAAUGGAAAUCCCUAUGCCUGUUCCUUGCAGUUCUCUGCGAUCUUUAUCCAUACGAAACUGCUCAGGAUUUGGAAAUGCUAGCCUGGUCAUGCUGGGGAAAUUGUGCCCUCAGCUUCAGCAUGUAGACCUUAGUGGACUAUGUGGGAUAACAGAUCUCGGAAUUCUCCCUCUUCUGAACAGCUGUGUAGCAGGACUUGUUAAGGUGAAUCUUAGCGGGUGCUUGAAUUUGACAGAUGAAGUAGUUUUGGCCUUGGCCGGGCUACACAGUGAAACUCUCGAAUUAUUGUGUCUUGAUGGUUGCAGGAAGAUUACAGAUGCAAGUAUGGUGGCAAUUGCAGACAACUGUAUGUUUCUCAGUGAUCUAGAUGUUUCAAAGUGUGCAAUCACUGAUUCUGGCGUUGCCAUCCUAUCUCAUGCAGAGAAGCUCAAUUUACAAGUCCUUUCCUUGUCAGGUUGCUCUGAAGUAUCAGACAAGAGCAUGCCUUCACUGAAAAAAUUGGGCAAGACUCUAGUGGGAUUGAAUAUCCAAAACUGCAACUCAAUUAGCAGCAGCAUAGUUGCACGACUUGUGGAAAGUUUGUGGAGAUGCGAUAUCCUCUCCUAAUUCAGGAUGGAAAUAGAAUGUCCUUUACCUAUUAAUCAAAUAAGUGAUCAAAGAAACUAGAGGGAGGACUAGAAGUUCAUUAUGGUUGAGUACAGUGGUAGAAUUUUACAGACAGUUUACAUGGUAGCAGCAUUCAGCAUAGUUUUUUGGCUCAUCAGUGGUGGGCCUGCAGGUAGUAAUCAAGCGGCUUAGUUGUUUUCCAGGGGACUUUGGCCGGUCACUACAUCCUCUUUUUGCAGGCUUUCUUUGCAUGUGAAAGCUUGUUGCGACUGUUUAGCCCCCUUUGAUAGGAGGCUGCCUCAUUGAUGGCCAUGGUUCCCAGAGAAUACAGUUACCAAGUCGUGGUUUUAGAUUUCCUUUUGUGGGUACUAGAUCUCUUAUCCUACCAAGUCAUGGUUCCUGAUUACUGGACAUUUUAUGCCCGGUGUUUUAGCUGCAGUCCUACAAUCCUAUAAUGGCAUGUUUGGGCUAGCUUUCUUCAUUUUCAGCCUGAUGAAGUCUGUUGUUUGAAUCAGUCCAUGGUAGUUUCAGAUGUCCUUUUUUAGGGGUUGGGAUCUUGAGUCCUAUAGUGUUUGGUUUGCUUUGGCAGUUCUGUGUCUGGGUGCCUUAGAUCUGUGGGCUUGGUGGUGGCAGUUCCUUAUUGGUCUGACAUAACAACCUUGUUUUUGGUUGUUUUUUUUUGUAACCAAGUCUCAAGUUUUCCGGCAUCUCCUGUAUAUGAAUUGUACACGGCAAAUAUUUUGUUUAUCAGUAAUGAAAUUCAUAUUUGGUUUGA